AAGCAACACCCAAACAGCGAAAACGGAAGUUAUUGUUUGUGACGUCAUUAAGAGACUUGUGGGUAAACGUGGCAGCAGUACUGUUGGCAUUACCUACCUGGCUGCUACUACGUCUUUGACGUGGUCUUCUAUUACCUUGUGAGGUCACCAUGGCAACAUAUCAAGAGUUUAUUCAGCAAAAUGAGGAUCGUGAUGGCAUUCGCUUUAGUUGGAAUGUAUGGCCAUCCAGUCGACUUGAAGCUACACGAAUGGUUGUUCCGCUAGGCUGUCUCUUUACACCUUUAAAAGAGCGUCAGGACUUGCCUCCAAUUCAGUAUGACCCAGUCCUCUGCACACGGCCCACAUGCAGGGCUAUUCUCAAUCCAUUUUGUCAAAUUGACUACAGAGCCAAGAUGUGGGCAUGCAAUUUCUGCUAUCAGAGGAAUCCAUUUCCCCCACAGUAUGCAGCUAUUUCAGAACAACAUCAGCCAGCAGAGAUAAUACCUCAGUUUUCAACCCUUGAGUAUACAAUUACACGAGCAACUUGUCAUCCUCCCAUCUUCCUUAUUGUACUGGACACCUGUAUGGAAGAUGAGGAUCUUCAGGCCUUAAAGGAGUCACUUCAGAUGUCACUGAGUCUGCUGCCUCCCAAUGCAUUAAUUGGUCUCAUCACUUUUGGGAAAAUGGUGCAAGUCCAUGAACUUGGAUCAGAAGGGGUAUCAAAGUCUUACGUAUUUAGGGGAACCAAAGAUCUCACUGCCAAACAAAUACAGGAGAUGCUGGGUCUUGGUCGUGGACCUGCACAGCAGACACAGCAACAACGUGGCCCACAGGCACCACAGCAACAGUUUCAGCUGCCUUCCAACCGGUUCCUACAGCCAGUACACAAAUGUGACAUGAGCCUGACAGACCUGCUCGGUGAGCUGCAGAGAGAUCCUUGGCCCGUGGCUCAAGGAAAGCGUCCUCUCCGUUCAGCUGGAGUAGCACUUUCCAUUGCAGUUGGUCUUCUUGAGUGCACUUUCCCUAACACAGGGGCUCGAAUUAUGUUGUUCUUGGGAGGUCCAUGCACUCAGGGCCCAGGCAUGGUGGUGGGUGAUGAACUAAAAUAUCCUAUCCGAUCUCAUCAUGACAUUGAGAAAGACAACUGCAAAUACAUGAAGAAAGCUAUGAAGCACUAUGAAGCCCUUGGAAACAGAGCUGCCAGCAAUGGACAUGUCAUUGAUAUUUUUGCCUGUGCAUUGGACCAGACUGGGCUGCACGAGAUGAAAUUUUGCCCUAAAUACACAGGUGGUCACAUCGUGAUGGGAGACUCUUUCAACACAUCUCUUUUCAAGCAGACCUUUCAGAGAGUGUUUGCUAAAGAUCAAAAGGGGGAAUUCAAAAUGGCUUUUGGUGCGACACUGGAGGUCAAGACUUCACGGGAAUUAAAGGUAUCCGGUGCAAUAGGACCAUGUGUGUCACUGGGAGUGAAAGGCCCGUCAGUUUCCGAUACUGAGAUUGGGCUUGGAGGUACAUGUCAGUGGAAAAUGUGUGGUGUUUACCCUAAUUCCUCACUUGGCAUCUUCUUUGAAGUGGUAAAUCAACACAAUGCUCCUAUACCACAAGGUGGUCGUGGCUAUCUACAGUUUAUCACACAGUACCAGCACUCAAGUGGACAGCGUCGUGUUCGUGUAACAACUGUUGCAAGAAACUGGGCAGAUGCUAGCAUCAACAUUCAGCACAUAGCUGCUGGGUUUGACCAAGAAGCAGCAGCUGUCUUGAUGGCUCGCAUAGCGGUUUACAGAGCAGAGACAGACGAUGGACCAGAUGUGCUUCGCUGGUUGGACAGAAUGCUUAUCAAACUGUGCCAGAAGUUUGGGGAGUAUCACAAGGAUGAUCCCAACUCCUUCAGAUUUUCAGAAAACUUUUCUCUUUAUCCGCAAUUCAUGUUCCAUUUGCGGCGAUCACAGUUCUUGCAAGUGUUCAACAACAGUCCUGAUGAGACAUCAUACUAUAGACAUAUGCUGGACAUUGAGGAUCUUACACAGUCACUGAUUAUGAUUCAGCCUAUUCUGUAUGCCUAUUCAUUCCAUGGACCUCCUGAACCUGUUCUGCUAGACACCAACAGUCUGCAACCUGACCGUAUUCUACUCAUGGAUACCUUUUUCCACAUAGUCAUCUAUCAUGGAGAGACUAUAGACCAGUGGAAAAAACAGGGAUACGCAGACCUACCUGAGUAUGAAAAUUUCAAACAGCUUCUACAGGCACCUAUUGAUGAUGCCCAGGAGAUAUUGCAAACACGCUUUCCUAUGCCUCGUUACAUUGUCACUCAGGCUGGCGGUUCACAGGCACGAUUUUUGCUGUCAAAAGUCAACCCGUCUCAGACACAUAACAAUAUGUAUGGCUUUGGACAGAUUAUUACCAGCAGUUCUCAGGAGGGAGGAGCACCUGUGCUCACGGAUGAUGUCAGUUUACAAGUAUUCAUGGAACACCUUAAGAAACUGGCGGUGUCAUCAGCAUCUUGAUGUUUGGAGGACAACAAAGCUUUCACUCUGAUCUGAGAUGUUUAGCACUUGAAAGAGACUUUAAUCUGACAGCUGAUGAACUGGCUUCAAACAUAGUCUGCCAUUAAAUUCUGAUGCUGAUUUUUAACAAAAAAUAAUUUGAUUGGUUUUUGUAAUGCAGGGAUGGAAGGGUCUUGAUAACUUUCAUAAAAGUUACAGAUUUGUGGUAAAGUGGAUUUGUGUUGUAGCCACAUCUGUCUUUGAGCUGCUGAGCACUCUGAGAACAUAGUUUUGACAAGCUUUCUGUUUGUAGAUAGAAAAUCUUAAAAAGACAGUUUGAGUUUCUUUCAGUUUCUGAUAUUUCUAUUUUCUUACCCCAAAUGCUGCAUGCAGUUCACCAGUUGAAACCAUAGUGGAUUUUUUUGUAAAUUAUACAUGAAGUCAUGUCAGGCUUAUUAUAUUGUAUGCAGUUUUUCUUGGCAGAUUGAGGUUUUUAAAAUGUUUAAAGGUUGGGGAGGCAUUAAUUUACAUGCAUGUGUUUAUUGUAAAAUUUAGUCCAUUUUAUAUUUGUAAAUAAAAUCACUGACUAUU